GCGGGGCAGUAGUAGAUAAAGAGACAUUUUUCACUCUUUUUUUUCCCGGGUAUCACACAGCUUGUGGAGAUGGGAAUUUUUCACGGUUUCUGCCUCUGUUUGCUUCUGUUUGCUUCUGUUUGCUUCUGUUUACUUCUGUCUACUUCUGUCUGCUGCUAUCUCGGCACCCAUUCGACAUUCGUUCAGCAACCUUUGCUCCAGCACACACACACACAAGCAUGUCGGACGAUACUGCCAGCUGCGGCCAGAGCAGCAACACAAAGGCCUCCGUCGAGAACUACAAGGAAGCGCCUGCCUCCGAUAUCGCCAGCGGGUCCGUGGCAGACCUCAAGCUCUCCCUGGAGGAGAAGAAGGCCCGGGUGGACGCUCUCGCCGAGGAAAGCGGCAUCAACCAGCGCAAGCUCAUGUGGAAGAUCGACGUGUGCGUCAUUCCUCCCUUCUGCCUCCUCUACUUCCUUGCGUUCCUCGACAGGGUGAACAUCUCCAACGCCAAGGUGUACGGAAUUGAAAAGUCGCUCCACCUCCACGGCAACCAGUUUGCCACCGCAUUGACUGUCUUCUUUGUCUUCUACAUCGUCUUCGAGGUCGUGUCCAACUACCUCAUCAAGAUCAUCAAGCCCCACACGUGGCUCUCGAGCAUGAUCUUCCUCUUUGGUCUUGUCACUCUUCUUGUCGCCUACUCUCACAACUUCAGCGGCUUGAUUGUCUGCAGAUUGUUCUUGGGUAUCUUCGAGGCCGGCUCCUUCCCGGCCAUCUUCUACAUCAUCGCCAACUUCUACACUCCGGGCGAAUCCUUGAGACGGUUCUCCUUCUUCUUCAACUGCACCUGUCUUGCCGGCGGUUGUGCAGGUGCCUUGGCCUACAGAAUCCACGACUUGGACGGCAAGCACGGCCUCGCCUCCUGGCAAUGGAUCUACAUCAUCGAGGGCGCCUUCACCAUGGGCUUGGCUAUCCCGCUCUUCUUCGCCGUCUCCGACUUCCCUGAAGAGGCCCGUUUCUUAAACGACAACGAAAGAGCCUUCCUCAAAAAGAAGUUGGAGUACUACCAGGGUAACUCCGGUUACGAGGUCAAGCAGACCUGGAGCGAUAUUGGAACCGUUUUCAAGGAGCCAAUGCUCUACAUCUGCUCCCUGUGCUACUUCGCCCUUGUUGUUCCUUCCUACUCCUACGCCUUCUUUGCCCCAACUGUCAUCAGCGAGUUAGGCUACACCGCCAUGGAAGCCCAGAGACACUCCAUCUACCCUUGGUUAGCCACCAUGGGCUUUUCCUUCAUCCUCGCCAUUUCCUCGGACUACUCACGCGUCAGACUUCCAUUCGCUCUUAUCGCCUGUGCAACAGCCAUCGCAGGUCUUUCCAUGGUGUUCGGCUGUGUCGACAGCCCUCACGCUAGAUACGGUGGUUGUUUCCUAACUGCCAUGGGCUUGUACUCCUGCAUGCCAAUUUUGAUCUGCUGGAUGUCUCUCAACUUCUCCGGGCACUCGAGAAAGUCCGUUGGUACAGCCUUCGUCAUCGGCUUCGGUAACUUGGGUGGUAUCAUUGCCUCCUUUAUCUUCCCCAAUAUUGAGGCGCCAGCAUACAAGAAAGGUUUUGGUAUUUGUAUAGCUUUUGCCUGCCUUGCUAUGUUUACCCUUGUUCUAUACGCCGCCUACUUGAUGUGGCGUAAUCACAAGAAGGAAACAGAUGCUUUCAAGCAAAAAUGGGACUCUUAUGAUGAGAGAACUAAAAUUGUCAAAGGUGACGUCAAUCCAGACUUCCAUUACUGGUAUUAGAGUCAAAUACUCUCGUUCUUGUUCACCUUAUCAACGCUCUUUUAAUGAUUCUCAGUUAGAAAUUGACACUUAAUAGUAAUGGUUUUUGUUUCGUCUUUUCUCAUAAUUCUACUUGCUUUUAUUUUUCUUCUUUUACUUUUCUACAUAUCUUUAUUUUGUAACUAGCCACUUAUAAACACCAAA